CAAACCGCUAUGCCGUUUAGAGUCAGAAAUCCUUAUUAUUUGAGGAUUUCAGCAAAUUGUGUUUUGCCAGUGUUCUUAUAUCUCGAUGAGCGCCACCUAGAUUGGAUGUCAGAACGGAUCCUGCAACAUGUUCUUGAGGAUCUCAGACCAACUAUACUACCUAAACUUCAAGCAGAAAGCGACACAGGAGGUACGGCUUCAGCCAAAAAGGCGACUGUUGAAACGCAUAGAGGAGAGAACUAUCAUUUUUGUUAUUUUCUUCGUAAAACACAACCACAUUCGAUUGUUGUGAAGACGCGUUCUUUCACCACAGUACCACGUAAAUCAGGACCUAUGCCACCACCACCUGUUCCCGAGAAACUCACGGCCAAACGGAAAACAAGUGCCACCAAAUCUUCUUCCCAUAAGAAGAAGAAGCGGAAGGUACGAGAGGAGGAUGUAUACUCCGAUGGAGAUGGAGACGAGGAUCUAUCCUCAGGAAGAGACGAAAUGCUCGACGAUGAUAGUGACGUUGUGAUGGAAGAAGGUCCAGAGGAUGCAGACUUUGAACCGAACUCGAGGAUCAAAACUGUGCAGUUUACUCUUGUCCCUGAAGAACAGGAAGAAAAGCCAAAGCCAGUACUACAUCUCAAGUAUAAAGGUUUUAGCAUAUUCGGGAAUUGUCUUUGCAUCGUGGUAGAACCAUGGCCUCCAAUACGUGCACUUAGCCGAGCUCCCUCUAUCUUUAGAGCCACUCCUGUUCCACCACUUCGAGUAUCCAGCAUCGCACCUCCGGAGUUCGUUUCUGCAGUCGAAGCUCGAACGAGGUCGAAAACACCACUGUUCCUUCCAGACAUAGACGAUUAUGAAAGAGGUGCAACACCCUUUCCAAAUUCUCAGGGGCCUUUGUCUCCGGGUAUCGUUGAGGAUGAAGAUGAGGACGAUUAUGGAGGCAUGAUGCAGUUUAGCCAAGUACUUAACAGUACCGGCGAUCAUCGAGCUGGAGCAAUAGAUGAAGACGAAGACAUGGAGGGGGCCGUUCUCUUUGGAGACGCAGAUGAAUACAGGGAAUUAUAA